AUGGCGGCAGUAUCUGCUGUGACGGUGACAGAAAAGCAGAGACCGAAAACAUCUAUUGCAUGUCGUCUCCCACGUGUGGAAGGAGCACCCUCGAAAGACAGUCGCCUCAAUAUCCUCCGUCUCAAAAGGAGGGUCGAUAAGAAACGAAAAGAGAAAUCCCUCACUAUCAAUGAAGUUCCGAUGAUGCUUCUCCCCAAAGCUAAAGUCAGGACUGCUUAUGACCUUAUGCAUAUUCGCGGGGACACAUGUGUAAUCCCCGAUCAGGAAUACAAUGCUUUAAACCUGUCAACAUUGCAUCCCGACGCGGACUUCAUGCGCGUUCGACACAACAUGUCACGUGUGUCGUUCCGAAGUAAAAGCCGUUGCUCGCGACCUUCGUCAAGGAGUGAUCUAGAUAGCGGAUUUGGCUCCCUCAGGAGAGGGGUCACGUUCGACGACCUGAGCCUGAGUCAGUCGACAGUGUACAAAUCUACUGAAGAUUUAGACGUUUAUUCUGACGAGGAGGACGUGAAACGAUCACCGUCACUGUCUCGAGAGGAAACGAUGUCUUUCUCCUCUUUCUUACCUCCUAUUGAUAGUGAUUUACCAGAACAUCUAGACAGUUACGGUGAUGCAACCUCCAUCGCAGAACCUUAUCGUGAAAAAUCCAAGAGGAACAAGUUCUUAGACUCUUGGCGGCGGAAUCGUUCUAGACCAAAUACGCCGGCAUGUAACAUAGAACCAUGUCACGAAGACUCGUGCCUUAUAUGUAAGGGAUUUAUGUCCGACAGGGAACGUAUUCAAAAGUGCUUCGGUGGGGUACAAAAUUUCCUGGACUGGAUUUUCUCAAAAUGGGGAAAGAGAAAGGAACUGAAAAACUUGCCGAGGUCGCACUACUUGUACGGUCGCGUGCACGGAAACACGUCACUGAGUACUUCAAGCAUUUUCAGGGGACGACAGCCCAAGUUCUGUAACAUUGUGCAACAAGUGCAACUCCAUGCACGUGAGUUACGGUCACCGACGCCGACGCGUCAGUUUGAUGAGGACUAUGACGAUUUUGACUAUAUCCGGAAGUCGAUCGAUGGCGAUAUGCUCAGACAGCACCGGAAACACAGUGAAACUACCAGUGGUACAGAGGAACACAGUUUUGAUGACGUGGACUUCAGGAGAAUCGAAGUUCCGGUUGAGGGCGAAGAAAUCGUUGCUGAGAAAGUGGAUAUUCAGCCGGUAACCGAGGUGAAGACAUCCGGAACAGAAGGUCGACCGACGUCACCAAGUUCUCAGGAUGGGGAUACCAAAAUAGAUGUGACCAUUAUGGGUCUAGAAAAAGUCCCCAGUCCUCCUCUCAGGGGGAACUGGUCACCUACAGUAACUGAUAUCAAUCCUAAAUCUGUACCGGAGAGUGAGGACCUGAACAGUCUCCUUGACAACCCGGUAUCAGUUGCUGAUACGAGGGAAUCCGACACACCUGCUACUACCCUAUUCUUACAGAGUACCGAUACAGACCUUGAUGGCACUGCCGGUCCUCCGGCCCAACCUCCCCCGACCCCGGAAAUCCUAACACCAAAGGCACCCGUGGAAGAGAAGCCUGCCACAAAAAGACCUAGAUCCUGUCACAAAAAGACAAAAGUUCAAAUUGCCAAGACGAGAAAACCAAAAGAGGCAGAAAUGGAGAAGAAAGAAGAGGAAGCUCCUAAACAGGAGACACCACCUCCUGCCCCUCCUCAGGAAGAAAGUAAGGAGGAAAAAGACAUUAAGGUGAAUAUUGCCGUUCCUGAGUUGCCCACAUACCAGAAAGAGGAAAAACAACGUAAAACCAAAGAAAAACGGAAGUCAGAACGCCACUUGGUGGUCAAACCGAAAUUUGAACCCAAGGAUGACCCAGUGGACGUGUUAGAUGAGGAGUUGAAGGCACGUGUCCGUGAAUUUGAUUGGUCAAAUAUGGAGAUGACUGGUUCCGAGGAAUCCCCGAGGAAACAGCAAAAAGCAGCAUGGGUAACUGGUCGUUUGGCAUUGUCUCAGCAGUCCAGCCGAUUUGAGCUUCCAAUGGAUAUGAGGGUCUUAGAAACUAUGACAACCCAGGAAUAUAUCAGAGAAUUCUGUAAAAUUACAAAGAGACGACAGAAACUAUAUUCAGAUGUGUUCAGAAGAAAUGCAAAACAGAAGGAGAGGAACGUAUAUGUGAUCCCGUUCAAGGACCUGCGAAAGUCUCUGAUGGACGUUCUGGUCAACACCUUAACAGAUGACCACUUCACCAUGCUUGUAGACCACAUGGACUUCUCCCCUGAUGCUGAGAUUGAUCUGGUCUUAUUUUCAGCUUUAUCUGCUCUGGCAGAACGCCUGAUGUACCCGGAGUUUGUAACUCAAGAGACGGUAGAUAUGCCAGAUUACAUGAAAGAGAAGAUUGAGUGUGCAGAUUUCGGGGCUCUCAGGUGGAAGAUGCAAGGAGUUAAUGUCAGUCCAGGAAUAAAGAAACUAUUGCUGCAGCUCAGCUGA